ACGACAUGCUGCUUUAAUGUUAAAUUGCUCAUUUUUCAAACGUGAACACUGUCAUUGUCAUUCUGACCACUGGCAUCAAGGACGUCUUGCGCGAAUUAACGUUAGAGUCUGACAUGAAGAACAAACAGGCCCGUGCUUCAUGGUUAUCAGUAAUCAGUGAGACCUCGCACUGGAAAAUACUUCAUCAUGGAACAGUAAACACACUUUACUUUAAACUAGUUUUCAUUGCAUCCUGACCCGCACUCGAAAUUUGUCAACAAAAACAAAUGAGUUAUUGCUCGCACAUUAAUCCGCGAGACUGGAGCACUGAUGAACAAACUGCAGCAAAGUUGAGCGUGCGCACGCGCUUCAGCCCCGUCCCGCAGCAGAGUGCGAGACCGUCCAAGAGUACUUCACAAUAGUUUAAUUAAGGGGGAAAGGCCAAAGAAGGCGUCCCAGAGGCCACACCAUCGCCAGGCUGUCUCCUCCCCCAGGCUGCUCUGCUGCUCAGAAGGCUUGUUUGACUCACAGGAAGAAGUUGCAAACAUGCAGAACAGCGUCAGUUAGGAGCCGCUAACACAGCAGAGCUUAAGGCGGUGGGAGCCAAAGAAGCGGGUUUUCCUGUCGACCAUCAGAAGUCCAAGUUUUGACACAUGGCUUAAGGCUUUUGUCUCUCUCUCUUUCUCUCUCUCUCUCUCUCUCGACUGGGGCACGGCGAACGGAGAGGCUUCCCCGCGCGCUGGAGUUGCACAGAGCCGCGAAGCAGCAGCCUUCCCUCGCGGGCCACCCGAGACAUGUCAGAACACAGCAAGUCGAGUUUCCUGCACGUUGGCGAUAUCGUGUCGCUGUACGCAGAGGGGACGGUCAACGGAUUCAUCAGCACCCUUGGGCUGGUGGAUGACAGAUGUGUGGUGCAGCCUGAGGCUGGAGACCUGGCCAACCCACCCAAGAAGUUCAGAGACUGCCUGUUCAAGGUGUGUCCUAUGAGCCGCUACUCUGCACAAAAGCAGUUCUGGAAAUCCAAACAGGGCAAGCAAGGCAACACGGAGGAUGACCUCUUCAAGAAAUUACAGCAUGCAGCAGAGCUGGAACAGAAACAGAAUGAGACGGAGAACAAGAAGCUACUUGGUGAAGUGGUCAAAUACAGCCAGGUCGUACAGCUGCUGCACAUCAAGAGUAACAAGUACCUGACGGUGAAUAAGCGUCUGCCUGCUCUUCUGGAGAAGAACGCCAUGCGUGUCUCUCUGGACCCUUCAGGAAACGAGGGAUCCUGGUUCUACAUUCACCCCUUCUGGAAGCUCCGCAGUGAGGGAGACAACGUGGUGGUUGGGGAUAAAGUCGUCUUGAUGCCUGUAAACGCUGGGCAGCCUCUUCAUGCAAGCAACAUAGAACUGCAGGACAACAUAGGUUGCAACGAGGUGAAUGCUGUGAACUGUAACACCAGCUGGAAGGUCACUCUCUUCAUGAAGUUCAGUGAUUACAGAGAUGAUGUUUUAAAAGGGGGAGACGUGGUGAGGCUGUUUCACGCUGAGCAGGAGAAGUUUCUGACCUCUGAUGGUUACAGAAAGCAGCAGCACGUGUUCCUGAGGACCACCCUGCGACAGUCUGCCACCUCAGCCACCAGCUCCAAGGCACUCUGGGAAGUGGAGGUGGUGCACCAUGACCCCUGCAGGGGGGGAGCCGGUCAGUGGAACAGCCUGUUCCGCUUCAAACACCUGGCCACGGGGAAAUACCUGGCAGCGGAGGUGAAUCCUGAUUACCAUGACGACAGCGCAGAUUCCAAAACUGAGGUGGAGGUGGACUCUAUGUACUCAAAGAAGAAGCAGCAGGUGGAGAAGAUCACCUACAUCUUGGUGGCCGUUUCUCAUAGUAACGACAUCGCCUCGCUGUUCGAGCUGGAUGCCACUACCCUGCAGCGGGCUGACUGUCUCGUUCCCAGGAACUCUUAUGUCCGACUGAGAAACCUGUGCACCAACACCUGGGUUACAAGCACCAACAUCCCUAUCGACACGGAUGAGGACCGACCUGUGAUGCUGAAGAUUGGUACAUGUCCCAUCAAGGAGGACAAGGAAGCCUUUGCUAUCGUCUCUGUGCCCCUGUCGGAGGUCCGAGACCUGGACUUUGCUAACGAUGCCAAUAAGGUACUGGAGUCGUGUGUGAGGCAGCUAGAGAUUGGUACCUUCACUCCCAAUGACCGCAGGUUUGUGAACAAGCUGCUAGAAGAUUUGAUCUUCUUUGUGUGUGAUGUGGCCAACAACGGCCAGGAUGUGCUCUCUGUGGUCAUCUCCAACCCCAACAGAGAGAGACAGAAACUAAUGAGGGAGCAGAAUAUUCUCGCCCAGAUCUUUGGUAUCCUGAGAGCCCCGCUGGGUGGAGGUGAAUCCCGUCCUGUGGUGCCACUGGAGGAGCUGAGUGAGCAGUGUAAUACCCAGUUCAAGUACAUGCUCCAGCUCUGCUAUAGAGCACUGCGGCACUCGCAGCAGGACUACCGGAAGAACCAGGAGUACAUAGCCAAGAAGUUCUCCAUCAUGCAAGCUCAGAUUGGCUAUGAGAUCCUGGCAGAAGACACCAUCACCGCUCUGCUGCACAACAACCGGAAGCUCCUGGAGAAACACAUCACGGCACGCGAAAUCGAGACCUUCGUGAAGCUGCUGCGCAAGACGCGAGAGCCGAGGUUUCUGGAUUACCUCUCAGACCUCUGCGUUUCCAACAAAACGGCCAUCCCUGUUACACAGGAGCUCAUCUGCAAAUUCAUGCUGAACCCCGGCAACGCCGACAUACUCAUGCAGACCAAGCUGCUUGCACCCAGCGGUAGCGGUCUGGACAGUCCACUCAUGCACGACGACAGCGAGGAGGAUGAGGUCUGGCUCUACUGGAUUGAUGAGAACAAGGAGCCCUAUGGCAAGUCCAUCCGCCACCUGGCGCAGGAUGCCAAGAGCAGCAACAAAAAAGACAUGGACAGCCUCACCUACUACAGAUGCCAGCUGAACCUCUUUGCCAAGAUGUGUCUGGACCGCCAGUACCUGGCCAUCAACCAGAUCUCAACCCACAUGCCCGUGGAGUUGAUCCUGCGCUGCAUGUGUGACGAGUGUUUGCCCUUUAACCUCCGUGCCUCCUUCUGUCGUCUCAUGUUGCACAUGCACGUGGACCGCGACCCUCAGGAGGCCGUGGUGCCUGUCCGCUACGCCCGCCUCUGGAACGAGAUCCCCUCGAAGGUCACUGUGAAAGAGUAUGACUACGAGUUCCGAGACAUGUCCAGAGAAGACAUGAAGAAUAAGCUCGCCUCCACCAUGGACUUUGUCGACGAGUACCUGAAAGACGUCCUGGUCCAGUCCUUUCCCUUCGGAGACGAGGAGAAGAAUGAGCUCACUCUGGAGGUGGUUAACUUGGCAAGGAAUCUGGUCUAUUUCGGUUUCUACAGCUUCGAUGAGCUGCUGGGUCUCACCCGCACCCUCCUGGCCAUCCUGGACAUUGUGCAGCAUCCUCUCACCUUCAUGUCCAAGCUGAGCAAACAGCACCCUGACGCAGGUAAUAAUGUCCUGCGCACUAUCCACGGCGUGGGCGAGAUGAUGACUCAGAUGGUUCUCAGCAGAGGAACCAUGCUCCCCAACAGCCCCGAGUCCACACAGAUGACGAACCUCGCAAACCCGCUCAGUUGUCCUAACAACCAGGACGUGGUUGUGAUGGACACCAAGCUGAGGAUCAUCGAGAUUCUGCAGUUCAUUCUGAGCGUGCGUCUGGAUUACCGGAUCACCUACCUCCUCUCCGUCUACAAGCAAGAGUUCAGAGACCAGAGCAUAACGGACAGCACGACGUCGGACUUUGCACAGACGCCAGCUGAGCCAAACUUGGAAGAGAUUGCUGAACUGGCUGAGAACAUGUUUGCUGGAAGUAAGGAAAGCACCUCAGUAGACCUGGACGAUGAAGGCGGCCGAACGUUUCUGCGAGUCCUGAUUCACCUCAUCAUGCAGGACUACCCUCCUCUGGUCUCCGGCUCUCUGCAGCUCAUCUUCAAACACUUCAGCCAGAGAGCUGAGGUCCUCCAGGCCUUCAAACAGGUGCAGCUGCUAGUCUCGGAGUCCGACGUGGAAAGCUACAAGCAGAUCAAGGCAGACCUGGACCAGCUCCGGCUGACGGUGGAGAAGUCAGAGCUGUGGGUGGAGAAGAGCGGGGGCUACGGAAACGAGGACAUUGCUGAAAACCAGGCCAAGGAGCAGAACAUGGAGGACAUGGGCCUCCUGAGUCCCGUACAGGACGGAAAUGCUAAGCCACAGAUAGAUAGCAACAAGGCCAACAACUAUAAAAUCGUCAAAGAGAUCCUGCAGCGCCUCAGUCGGCUGUGCUACAACAUUAAGAAGGUGCGCAUGCAACAGCAGCGUCUGCUGAAGAACAUGGGGGCUCACACGGUGGUCCUGGACCUGCUCCAGAUCCCCUAUGACAAACAAGACACAAAGAUGUUGGAGAUUAUGAACCUGGCCCACACGUUCCUGCAGAACUUCUGCCUGGACAACCCUCAGAAUCAGAUCCUGCUCCAUAAACACAUCAACCUCUUCUUGACCCCGGGGCUCCUGGAGGCAAAGACCAUGCGCUACAUUUUCCAGAACAACAGCCACCUGUGCAAUGACAUCAGCGACCGCGUGGUGCACCACUUUGUGCAGUGCAUCGCCAUGCACGGACGCCACGUGGACUACCUGCGUUUUCUGCAGACCAUCGUCAAGGCCGACGGCAAGAACAUGAAGAAGUGCCAGGACAAGGUGAUGACAGAGCUGGCGAAUGGUGGCGAAGAUGUGCUCGUCUUCUACAAUGACCGCGCCUCUUUCCACACCUUCCUGGAGAUGAUGACCUCGGAGAAAGUUCGCCAGGACCCAGACGGUCAGCUGGCCUACCACACCAACUUGGUGGAGCUGCUGGCUGCAUGUACCGAGGGCAAGAACGUCUACACGGAGAUCAAAUGCAACUCCCUGCUUCCCCUUGACGACAUUGUCAAGGUGGUCGUCCACGAAGACUGCAUCCCGGAGGUAAAGAUAGCCUACGUGAACUUCGUGAACCACUGCUACGUUGACACUGAAGUGGAGAUGAAGGAGAUCUACACCAGCCAUCACAUCUGGAAGCUGUUUGAGAACUUCCUCAUUGACAUGGCCCGGGUAUGUAACACCUCCACAGACAGGAAGCAUGCGGACACUGUGCUGGAGAAGUAUGUCACAGAGACCAUCAUGGCCAUCAUCAAGGGUUUCUUUAGCUCCCAGUUCUCCGUCAACAGUGCUAACCUGAAGAUGCAUCAGGAGCUUUUUAUCAAGCUGCUGGAGUCAGCACUGAGACUUUACAACUGUCCGUGGCUCGUGACCGUACAGAAGACCAACACUGAGUCUUGCAUUAAGACCCUGGCCGACGUGGCUAAAAACCGCAACAUUCCCAUCCCAGUGGAUCUGGACAGUCAGGUGAACACGCUGUCUCUGAAGACACACACCACCAUGGUGCAGCGUGCGGCUAAGGACUGGAGGCUCAACGCUGUCCGCUUUCGUCCCCGCAAGGACAUUCAGGGCGGUCUGGACUAUAAGAACAUCAUUGAGAAACUGCAGGGUAUGGUGGCGUACCUGAAGGAGCAGUUCAGUCCAUGGGUGGAGGCUGAGUUCUCUGUGUUGGUUGAUGUACUGUACAACCCAGAGAUGUUGUUUCCUGAGAUGGCAAGGCUACGAUGUGAAACCGGUGCUUUCAUGACAAAACUGAUCAAACACACCAAGAAGCUGAUGGACAAGGAGGAGAAGCUCUGCAUCAAGGUCCUGCAGACCCUCGAGGAGAUGCUGGACCAGAAGGAGAGCUUUGACGAACGGGGCAACACACUACGGAAAACGCUGCUGACCCACUACUUUGGCACUCAGCGACCCCACACCAAGGCUCUGGACCAUGCCCCUGCUGGAGUUUCCUCCCCCGGAGUGGGUUCUCCAGGGCUGGACGCUGACAAGCCUGGCACGACUCCGGGGGAUAUCCAGUGUUUGCUGGAUAGUGUGGGAGCGUCUGAGUUAGUCAUCCAUCUUAUCGUCAACACCAAGAAUGACCGAGUUUUUGAAGAAAGCAUCUUACUGGGUAUUGCACUGCUACGGGGAGGAAACACACAGAUACAGAACUCUUUCUUCCAUCAGCUGCACAAACAGAAGAAGUCGGAGAUGUUCUUUAAGGUGUUGUUCGACCGCAUGCAGCUGGCCCAGAAGGAGAUCCGCUCUACCGUCUCUGUCAACAUGUUCGAAGUCAGCAGCCGGAAACGGGAGGAGGAGGGCGAAGCUUCCACCUACAGGCACAAGAAAGGCCGGGAGUCCCUCCACCUGAAGGAGGAAAUGAGGGGUCAGCUGAAGGAUGCCUCCAGCGCCACGUCCAAGGCGUACAGCACCUACCGCAAGGAGGGUGACCCCGACCUGGAGCCCGGCAGCGAGGAGGCGGAGGACGAGGUGGAGGAGGUGCAGAUGAGCCCAGCCAUCGGCAUCAUGAAACCUAUCCUACGCUUUCUGCAGCUGCUCUGUGAGAACCACAACCGCCACCUGCAGAAUUUCCUUCGGGACCAGAACAACAAGACCAACUACAACCUGGUGUGCGAGACGCUGCAGUUUCUCGACUGCAUCUGCGGUAGCACCACAGGUGGCCUGGGUCUUCUGGGCCUCUACAUCAACGAGAGGAACGUGGACCUGGUCCGACAGACGCUGGAGACCCUCGCGGAGUACUGUCAGGGCCCCUGCCAUGAGAACCAGUCGUGCAUAGCCAAGCACGAGUCCAACGGCAUCGACAUCAUCAUCGUCCUCAUAGUCAACCCCAUCGAGCCUUUGGGAAAGAACAGAAUGGACCUCGUUCUGGAGCUGAAGAAUAACGCGUCCAAGGUCCUGCUGGCCAUCAUGGAGAGUUGCCGUGACAGCGAGAACGCAGAGAACAUCCUGGACAAGAUGAGGCCCAGUGAGUUGAUAAAUGUGAUUAAGGAAGCCUAUGAACAAGGUGUUGAGAGUGGUAUUGAUGGGGAGGGUUCCGGAGAUCCCAUCAGUCCUAAAGACGUUGGCCACAACAUCUACAUCCUGGCACAUCAGUUGGCACGUCACAAAAAGUCACUGCAGCAGUGUCUGAAGCCCAGAAUGGAUGCCGACGUCGAUGGAGAAGAAUCGCUCAGAUUCUAUGCCAAACACACUGCUCAGAUAGAGAUUGUGCGUCACGACCGCACUAUGGAGCAGAUCGUGUUCCCCGUUCCCAACAUUUGCGAGUUCCUGACGGAAGAGUCCAAGGUGCGUGUGUUCACCACCACGGAGCGCGACGACCAGGGCAGCAAGGUCAACCAUUUCUUCCAGCAGUUCGACGACCUCUACAACGAGAUGUGGUGGCAGAGGAAAAUGAGAAAUAAUGUGGCUCUGUUCUGGAUCUCCAAGCAUAUCUCUCUGUGGGGAAGCAUCUCCUUUAACCUGGCAGUGCUCAUUAACCUGACUGUAGCCCUGUUCUACCCCUUCAAGGAAGUUGGAUAUGAAGGUGUCCUGCCCCCUUUCCUGUCGAUCGUGCUGUGGGCGGCCGUGGCGGUCAGCAUGGGCCUGCUCGUGGUCCUGCCCAGGCGAGGGGGCAUCCAGGCCUUUCUCGUGUCUGUCAUCCUCUGCUCCAUCUACACCGUGGGUCUGAGCAACUCGCUCUGGCUACUGGGCGCAGCCAACCUGCUGAAUAAGAUUGUGUUCCUGGUGAGUUUCGUGGGGAACCAGGGCACGUUCACCCGUGGCUACAAGGCGCUCAUCAUGGAUAUCUUCUUCCUACUGCACGUCUCCUACGUCAUCGUCUGCAUGCUUGGCCUCUUCGCACACGAGUUCUUCUACAGCAUCCUGUUGUUUGAUUUGGUCCGUAGAGAGGAGACGCUGCUCAAUGUCAUGCGCAGUGUGACAAAGAACGGUCGCUCCAUCUUCCUCACCGCCGUGCUGGCCAUCAUCCUCGUAUACCUCUUCUCCAUCGUGGGCUUCCUGUUCUUUCAGAAGGACUUCCUGAUGGAGGUGGAGCCCUACUUCUCUGUGGAGAGGGCGACGGCACAGGGUGACGCGGAGCCUCUGACCUGCAAGGUGGAGCGAUGCCCCCCUGCGGCACCCCAAUACGGAGAUAUGGAGGGAGAGAGUGAUGGUGCAGAGCGUGUGUGUGACACUUUGCUCAUGUGUAUUAUAACGGUGCUGAACCACGGACUACGUAACGGAGGUGGCAUUGCCGACAUUCUCCGCAAGCCCUCCAAAGACGAGCCCAUGUUCGCGGCCCGUGUGGUGUACGACCUGCUGUUCUUCUUCGUGGUCAUCAUCAUCGUGCUGAACCUUAUUUUCGGCGUGAUCAUUGACACGUUCGCUGACCUGAGGAGUGAGAAACAGGGCAAGGAGGAGAUUCUGAAGACCACAUGCUUCAUCUGCGGGCUGGAGCGGGACAAAUUCGACAACAAGACGGUGUCGUUCGAGGAGCACAUCAAGUCCGAGCACAAUAUGUGGCACUACCUGUACUUCCUGGUUCUGGUACGAGUCAAAGACCCCACGGAGUACACGGGGCCCGAGAGUUACGUGGCCCAGAUGAUCAAGGAGAAGAAUCUGGACUGGUUCCCGCGAAUGCGGGCCAUGUCCCUGGUGAGCAGUGAAGGGGAGGGGGAGCAGAAUGAGAUGCGUUCUCUGCAGGAGAAGCUCGACACCACCGUCACACUGGUGGCGCAGCUUUCUGCUCAGCUGGCAGAGCUCAAGGAGCAGAUGACAGAACAGCGGAAGAACAAGCAAAGGUUGGGCUUUCUGGGUCCACCACACAUCAACCAUCAUGUGGCCCCUGUGCAUUGACAGAAGGACACACACACACACACACACGCGAGCGCACGCGUGCAUCAUCUCCUGCUCACUACUACAGCUUAUGUCACUGCCGUGUUCUGGUUUGCCUAUUGGAGUUUCCACUUCUGUGCCAGAGUAACGUCACGUUUGGACAGUGAUGUCACACUCUCAACCUUUAGAGACUGCAUUUCAGCAGAGGAUUCUGGGUCCUGCAGGGGAGUUGGCUGGACAGGGUUGGUUGGACACCGCUCGUGCACGGUCCUUUCGUCAAGUAUUGCUUUUUACAGUCCAGCAGGCCCAAAAGUCCCUUGUGGAAAAGGCAUCUGUUCAUUUUUUAACUAUAAAAUAUUACUUCUCUUUUAAGUUCAUUACAUUUUAUUGGGAUCUUACCCUGGGCAGAACCUGGAAUGGCGGCGUAUGUUGACAUCUCUAUGUCCCUAGUUCAGUUGUGUGCUUUAGAGUGAUGGGUCAACUUCAGAACAGCUGGCUGAACUUGGAUAGAAACUAGAAACUAGAACUGGAAAGUCGUUUUCUCUCAUCUCACACUCAGCCAGCGUCUCCUGCUGAUGGCAAAGGUUUCCCAAGCAUGUUAGUUGUCUGCAUAUUUUUACAGGUUUGCAUUUUUUAAAAUCUAUGCAAAAUCACUGUACCUGGCGCAACCCUUAAAAAUGCACAGAAAACAACAGAGCAAACUUGUAUUUGUGACUGGGGACUGGAUGGAUGUGCUGAAGAAGUGUGUUGAGCUGCUGCUGUGGGUAGGAACAAAAGGACUCAAAAUCUAUAAGAACUGAAAUGUAUUAACAAGAACAACCCUUAUUAUACUGUGGAAUCUGAAUGUGCUUUCAGGGGAAACCUGGUAGUGGAUCACAGGGAUAGAAAUUAGAAGUCUUACAUCCUACGUAUUUUUUUUGUGUGUGAAUUUGCACAGGUGUGAGUAAUGCCUCUUCAGAAUAUAAGGGCUUUAUCUUCCUAGUGACAUGGUAUAUUUUAUGUGCUCAAGAUACUGUAAUAAAAAUAUAUAUAUACACAAA